UCUCCACAAUCAGGAACAUUUCAGUCACUUAGCUCUGGUAGCCUAGCUGCUAGCGUUAGCCUCCAGAUCACAGGCGCAGUAAAAUGAAGCGUUAUUGCCCUUUGUUUUUAAAUCGGACUGGAAGACGUUGCAUAAACGCUGAGAGCUGAUCGACCGCGCUGAUACGUGGGUUGAAAGGUGGAAUUGUUUAUUUUACGGUUAUUUAUUUAAGUAUCGGCCGUUUUCAAAACAUUCUCCGGCUAGUCCCGUUAGCUGCCCGGCUAACUCUUGAUUCUCCCGCGAGCCAGAAAAGCGAAGAGAGUAAAACUUCGCCAACACGGAGAGAAAGGUUGAUAGGUCCUGCUAACACUGACGAUAGCUCACGACUGUCAAGAAGCCACUGCUAUCUGCUCUUCGAGGGUUUGUGAGCAGCAGUAUUGGAGCCUGGCUCGUUUCUGGUCACCGUCGCUAACACGCAGGAGUUUUGCAGCGGAGUGUUUUGUGCUCCUGACAGCUGUCACGACAACAUAGUACAAAGCUCACCAUCUUCAUCCAAGACUCUACUCUGAUGUGAACCGAACAAACGAAUCUGCAGGAGUCGUCCUCUAAGUUGAGGAUCUGCCUCAUAGCUGAGGAAAGUGUUUGAGCAUCAAGUCAGGUUUUACUGGCAGUCUGUGUGCUUCUCACCCACCAGCAUGUACAUUGGACAGUGGAUACCUUAGCCAAAACAGAUCCUGGCUUCCCAAAGAUGACAAGGUGCUGGCAGGCCGCAACGACAAAAUGAUGGGAGGCAGUGAGACUGUAAGUGGGGACAAGGAUGGGGUCCACACCACUGCAAUACACGUCCCCAUCGGCUGGCAGAGGAGAAUGGAGGGCGGGCGGGUGAUCUACGUCAGUCCCAGUGGCACUCCCCUCUCCUCUCUGGACGAAGUCAAGACCUAUCUGUUGAGUGAUGGCACCUGCAAGUGUGGUCUUGAGUGUCCACUCAUCAUCCAUAAGGUUUUCAGCUUCACUGUGGGAGUGAAGGUGGAGCAGCACAGCCAUCCGUUAGGCAAAGCAGAGCAGGACAUGACCAAACUGUGUAACCACCGCAGGAAAGUUGUGGCUAUGGCUGCACUGUGUCGAAGUAUGCAGGCCUCACAGCUGCCUUUUGCCAACAUUCAUCAUCCAGAGAUGAGCAGUGGAGUGGACAGCCACGAUCCAAAGCGAGUACAUGUGCAGCGGGAAGAAGAGGACCAUGGCAUUUACCAUCCCAAACUCCAUCCAGUUACAGCUCGACCCCACAGCAACCUCCACCCGAACCCCUGUGCCAGCCCCAAAUCCUCCCACCAGUUUAUUUACCCUUACAAUGGUUCCUCCCCUGUCCUUCACACAGGCACAAACUCUCACCAUCCCCUAGAGGCUUUGAGAAGGCUUCACCAGCCUCCUCCUAUCCCUGCCUCCUCCAGCUCUUCCUCCAGCUCCUCAUUCCCAUCUGCCCAGAGGUCACCUCGCACCCCCACACCUCAGAAUGUCAGUCAAGGUCAAAGAACACCUAAAACCCCGGAGACUCCGGGUUCUCCUCGGCUCACGCCCCUCUCUUCACCUCCUCCCUCUUCCCCUAUGACCAUGGGUGGAAGAGGAGCACAGACUCACACUCAUCAUCCUCAUGGUGUCAUUGUGGGAGGCUCCCCCCUCUCUCCGUCUCCCUCUCUCUCUCCCUCUGUCCAUAACAUGAACUGUGUGUCUCCUCACCAGCGAUCCCGCCACCCUUCAGCCUCUCCUUCCCCUCUCUCUGAUCAGGGAGGAGGCUCAACAGCAGCAGCAGCAGCAGGAGGAGGACUGAUGGGAAGUAACUUGUCUCAGAGGAGGAAAUCCACCUCUUCCUCUCCACACUCCCCUCUCUCCAGUGGCUCCCCAAACCCCAGCCCCCACUUCCCCAAGUACAAGUUGGAAGACAUUUUAGAGCAGUUUAAGAACUCAGGCAACAGCAGCACUAAUAACCACCACCUACUUAUCUCUACUAACCCCUCCUUACUUACCAACCAAAGCAGUAGCAACCUUCAUACUCUCUCCUCGAAGCCCUCAAAGAGCACCAUAAGUCCGAUUCCCAGCUCAGUACCGCCAAGUUUUGGGUUGAACUCUGCUGGGCCUUCUAGUUUACCUCUGGGGCCAUUUCUAAACCACCACCACCACAGCCAUCAGAGCAAGCUACCACACCCAGCUUCUUUCCCUGCGAGUAGCCUUCUCUCUGCAGCUGCCAAGGCUCAACUGGCUAACCAGAUAACCCAGGGUCAGAGCUCAAAUGUGGCCAGCAACCCGGUGAGCUUGCCCUCUUCUCUGGAGGCACAGCAGCAACAGUCAUCAAAGGUAACAAACAGCACUUUACAUAACAGCCACCCUCCCUCCUCCAUCGCUUCUACUAGGCCUCCCCAUCCCUCCCUUGCAGCAGCCUCAUCCGUCCUCUUUCCUCCAUCCCACUCUCUGGCCCAGUCCCUGGCUUCCUCCUUGCCCCACCUGCCUCCCACAGCAGAGCGCAAUGCAUCGCACAGGAAGAGGCAACGCCGAUCACCCACAGUGCUCAGCAUGCUAAGAGACACCCAGCAGCUGGCUAAUGGGCCGCGGAAGACCCCACCAGGAGAUGCCGUUACUGCUACAGCUAUCAACCUAUCCUCCUCCUCCUCUUCCUUCCCCUCCUCGCAUUCCUCCUCUACCUCAGCUGUGCAGAACCAGAAUGCUGUCAUGUUAGAAAACCAUCAUCAUCUCCUCCCCGGGCAGAUGCCAAGGCUCCCUGCUCCCAGACAGAUAGCACACCUUUCCAGGCCUCCUCGACAAAAUGAGGCCCUGGAUUUCACUACAGGCCUGACGCCUACACCUCUUGGCUUGGAUCCUCCAACCCAGCCUCUGUCUGCUCUGUUACACCUGCUCAGUGUGCAGAAUGCGCAGGCCACGGCCUCAGCAUCCAACUCUGCUUCAGCUCAGCCAGGAUCUGUGUCUAUUGAAGGAGGUGGACCCACUAAUAAACAGAGCCCUAGACUGUCACCCUCUUCUCCAUCCCCUCAUUCUAAUGCCAGGCACCGACAGACUCAGUCACCAUGCCGAACCAGUAACACUAAUCCCCUACCCUCGGUGCCGCAGCCGCUUUCUCCUCCUCCCACUUUCUCUCAGUUCAGAUCUGUGCAGUCUCCAUCACAUCCUCAGUCUACUAAAUCCAGUCCUCUACAGAGACAUUCUCCUUCUUCUACAGUGCUGCCCAACUCGAAUUUAGCUUUACACAACAGCAGCAGCCCAUCCCAGCACAUGUCCCCGCCUCCCUCAGACAAACAUCAGCAAACUGAGAAUCACAUUCCUACAAUAGACUCUGUUUCCCAGGCACCGUUGCGGGAAGCCUCACCACAGGGCACUGUGGCAAGGGAGAUUGGUAGUAACAGCAUAUCUACAUCAGUCGACCUGAGUCAUUCUCAAGGCAGUGUUUCUAUGGCGAUAUCCAGCUCCCCGAAGCCUCUUGAUCUUAGCAACCAUGUCCUCGCCCUUCUUGCAGCAUCUUCCACUGUUCCCCAGGGAGAGGGCUGCUCCUCUGACCGUAAUACUGAUGUUGUGAUGUCUUCCCAAGGAAAUCCCACUGCAGGGCCAGAGGAGCCUAGAUGCAUGGACCCGAAGGUCUCCAUAGUGACCAAACCUCCAGCAGCCACUAGCCCUGGGCCCACUAUCUCCUCUCGUCUUGGGGAUAAUCACAGUCCUCAUACACCUUCAGCUGUGGGCGACUCAACGGCUCCCUUACCUCUGGCAGAGGCCUUCCCCUUCAUGAAUCAAGAGCAACUGCUUCAACUGCUGUCCUCCACAGGAGGUCUUCCAUCCCUCCUGGACCCUGCAGGCCUGGCUUCAUUGCCACUGGGGGGGUUGUGGUUGGGAGGUCAACAUGCACAGAUACCCCCCUCCAAUGCUACACCACAGAAUCUUGCAGAGCAGCAGCAGUCAGAGCAGCAGCAGUUACUGAUGCAACAACAAGAGACACAGCAGCAAAACCAGGAUCAACAACAGAAGCAACAACAGAUGAACAACAAUCCUCUGUUUCCCUUGUUGCCCUUGUUGAGUGGUGCUCAAGGGGAGCUGCCUCUGAACCUUUUGGGCCUGCUGAACCCUCUCCCAGCCCCAUCCUCAACCCCUAACCCAGGACAGGAAGCUGAUUUAGGGCUAACAGAAAAACCUAGCCUUCAGGCUCUGCUUAUGGCGUCCUUGUUGUUCGGGCAACAUCAGGCACCUUUGUUAUCUCUAUCUGGCCUCGGUCAGUUAAGCCAAGUCAGCUUGGAAGUUCCUCUCCAGCAGCCACAGCAGCUGGAGGGUCUCACCCUGGAUAAGACCUCUGGCCUCCUGGAUCCAUCAACCCUACAGGGCCCAGGGCUCUUGGAGGUCGCCCAGGGCCUUCUUUCCAUUCCUCCAGGAGCUGAGGCCUCUAUCCAAGCCCUGCAGUCUCUGCUCCUUCCUGCCACUCUUCCUCCUCCUCCCGCAGCCUUCCUGCCCCUCAGUCCUGCCUUGCUCACUGCUGCCCUGAGCUCUGCUGAGCUCCACCCACCUCCCCACACCCAUUUAGCUCCUGCACAGCAAACCCAACAUACCCAACCUCAGGUAUCUACUGAUGCUGGUGUUGACACCCUCAUCCCCCUAUCUCUCCAAGGCAAGGACAACCCCAUCCUUCAACAGUUACUGCCCACUUUGCUUAACCCUGCUGUAUUAGGAGAUCUUUCUGCCAUCACAGGCCUCCAUAACAUUUUGGGGAUUGGAGCAGGUUCCAUCCUCCUACCCCCAGUCCAGGGCAUGCCUCUGCUGCAGGGUCCUGAUGGAGCCAUCAACUUGCUGAACAACAUACAGCUAAACCUUGCACCACCUUCAGAAGGAGAGAAGCCAGUUUCAUUGCAGGAAACACAAAGCCCUGCCCCACAGGAAGACAUUCCAGCCAGUCAGAUUGCUCCCGAAGUGGUCCCCAGUCCUGUUCCAGCUCCAGCUCCAGCCCCUACCCAAGAACCCACCCCACCCCCACAGCGAGUGUCUGAGGGCAGGUCUGUUAUCGAUCCUUACACCUCUUUCAUGGACACGAUUUAUACCUCCUUCCUACAAGUCAGUGCUAAAGAGCAAGAAGAAAGGGCCCACUUGGGGCCAUCUGACCCAACUUCACCCUUCUGUGCCUUACCGCCGGUUUCUUUCCCUAUGGAGCACCAUACCCCAUCCACCCCUGUCUCAACUCUGCCCCAGGCAAGUGCCCCAGUCUCCCUCAGCCCACGUCGGGCCUGUUCCCUCCGCAACCCAGACUUAUCCCGACUCAGCCUGGAAGCAGCAGCCCAUUCCCCAGCCCAGGGGACCCCCAAACCCACUGAGGAUGGGUCUACGCUACCCUUACAAAGGAAACCGGUCAUGGUAGAUGGACAUACUCACCCAGAGCCUCCUCUGCCACCCAUAUACUUGGAGGAGGCAAAGACAGACUGUACUGGGCCGGCUGCGGCUGUGUGCCCCUAUGUGGAGGCAGGGGUGGACAGGCAGGGGCAUCUUUCUCAUGCGGGGUACCUCAGUCCCAGGGAUGGAUGCAGUGGGAGGCCCAAUGAGGAGACAGCUGGGACAUUGCUGCACACUGAACAGGGAAGGGAUCAAGCAGGACCAGCGGGUGGAGCCAGAAGAGGAAGGAAAAGGAAACAAACGCUACAGAAUGUGUUAGAAGACUUCAGAGACAUGGAUGCUACAGCACUAGAGGAAACCAAGGCUACGACAGCACUGCUGAAGCCUGAGAGGUCAGUCCGCGGCAGGAGGCGACGAGGCGCCAGGUCUCAGAGGCAGUGAUUGGUGGAGGGAGCUGUAAGUCAGAGCUGUUCGUCAAUCAAAGGCGGCCAGACGCCUCUUUCCCCCUCCAUCUCUCCACCAUCAUCACCACUGUUAAGACCUUUCUUUUUUUUAAAUUCAGCUGCACUAAUAUUAUGCCGUUGUCAUGUCAACCAUUGUUAUGGCAACCACUAUGGAAAAAAAAAAA